AUGGUCGCCGAUGCCAAUCUAAGACUGAGGAUGGAGUCAAUCUCUCCUGCGCCUGGGAAGCUUGCGGAGCUCUUUACAGACACCAGACGGUCCUUCGACGUCGUCACGGGACCAGAGGAACAUAAGGAUGUCCCGGAGCUCAGUCCGCUGCAACAGAGAUUCCGGAUGCAGAAAGACAGAUAUCUCGCCUGGGCGCAAGAGUGGAAAGAUCAGGUCGCAAUUGCGCAAGGAAACACCGAUGCUGCCGAAACUAGCAAGUCUGUAUCCGACACUCUCAGUAAUAUCAGAAACAUCCUCGACGAAGCAGAGAAGACGAAGCUCAUGUCUCCUACUGCGGCAACACCUCAAGCCGGGAGGAACUGGCGGAAAUCCAGCUUGUGGACUGGAGUGCAGAGCAAAACGCGGGCAACGAAUUACUCGGAUUACAGGACGCUGGAAAGACAAUUGACAGGCUCUGUGGACGAUCUAUACAGGAUCCUCUACUCUCAGAAGGGACACGUAGGUGUAGACCCUCAGAGCCAAAAGCCGAGGACGAUCCAACCCUCUCAUGGUCCGGUCUCACAGAAGGCAAUCUUCAGCACCGGUGAUUACAGCGCUUCGGACUUGACGCUUGUCAACCCUCCUACCAUCCGUUCUGUCAGGUCUAUGUCCAUCGCGACACUACCGCCAAAGAUUGAUCUGGACUGUCUGGACCUCCCUGAGGAACAGCCUCCGCCAUACGAAAGCAUCGAGAGGACCUCAUGCAGCCGUCCUGUUGGCCGCCUCCGUGACAACAAGGGGCCUACACAGCCAUGGAGCAGGACUACCCCAGUCCUGAUCGAGUAUGCGCCCUUUGAUCCGGCGUACAGAACUACGGGUGUUUCACCGCCCAUGGAUCGUCUCGAGUCGCUCGUCGCCCUUCUUGACCGUGCUUGGAGCGAUCUGAAGCCGCCACUUUCCGCGACACUCAAAUGCUUGGGCUACUUUGAGGAUCCAAACCAGCCGCGCUUCGGCGUCGUCUUCGAACUACCCAUCUCGGGGCGCAGCGGUGUCACAGAUGAGUGGAAGGACUUGGAGGAGCUUCGGCCUGGGACCCUCUUGAAUGUUUUGCAGUCCUCCUCGAAGUCGGUCGCUCCCGCGACCGCUGCACCAGUUCCAGCCGUGCCAGCAUUAGAGGAUCGUUUUCGCCUGGCCCUCAGCCUCGUCUCUACUUUCAGUAAAUUCCACCAUGAAGGUUUCUUGCACAAGGAUGUCAACAGCAGCAAUAUCCUCUUGUUCCGAGGUCGGGCCUGGACUCCGUACCCAUACAAUAAGACGCCUGACUGGAAUAUUCGCUCACCCUUCCUGGUUUCUUGGGACCUGUUCUCCGAAUUCAAUAUUGAGGCGUCUUCCGUUCCAUCAAAGACAAACAUCUACCGCCAUCCAGCUGAUCCUCGCGCCACUGGGGAUGCACAAAGCAAAUACGCAUUUCAAUUCGAUCUCUACUCCUUGGGUCUCAUCUUGGUUGAGAUCGGCCUCUGGGUACCCCUUGCGGACAUUUUCAAACCGAAGUACACCCUUGAAGAUUGGAAAAUUCGGAUUGAAGACAUCUGGGUGAAAAGGCUGGCCGCCAAAUGCGGAUCUGCCUACAUGCGUGUUGUCCGUGACUGCCUCUCGGCAGCAGACCAAGUCCUGAUGGCUAGUAGUGUUGGCGCCGAACACUUUCCGCCUGCUGAAGUUUAUCCCAGAAUACUCCGCAGAUUGGAGACCUGUUGUCUCUUGGACGAAGUGGACUUUAUCAAUGUUAACGAUGACUCCACCUUGUCUGUCAAUCACCUGGGACUGCCCAGUCCCUUUGUCGAACCAAUGCGCCGCACGGCACGCUCGUCCUUUAGCGGCGUGGCAGACAUGGGAAAGAAGCGUCGAAGCUCAGAGAAGGACAACAGUAUUGCCGAGAAGCGUCGGUUCGACCUCCUAUCUAGCCUCCGCUCUGGGAGGCCAUCGAUUUCUAAACCAAGAUCACCCACUAUCUCUCAGCUAGUGCGGCCUCUCAUCCCACCGAUCGGAAGCGAGGAUAUGGAUUGGCAAGGCUCUCAACCCCAGGAGCAAACUAGUCUACAACAUUGGCCCGUACUCUACAAGAGCAAAUCCAAUGAUGACGCUGUUGACACGGCCUCGUUGUACAGAGAAAGGGUAGCUGCUGCUACAAGCACAAUCCAGCGCGCAUGGCGUGCUCGAAGCGAGGCACUGGCUUUCCGAGAGAAGAGGCGCAAAGUUACGCUUAUACAGCGCCAGUGGAGAAAGCAGCUACAAGCGAGAUCCACUGCGGAGACACGCAGCGUCUGUCGGUCGCAGACUUGGUACCCUACCCCCGAGCCAGAACCUGAGGAGUAUGUUGUGUCAACAGAGCCAAACCCCAGUAAUCUCCUACAAGAGAAGAAGGAGAAGGCCAAGCUGAAGGUGCAUCCCAAGGUCCAUUUUGCGGCCGAAGUCACCGAGGAAUGGCACCAAUGCCUUGGACCGCGCGUUGCCCGCAUCGUUGAGCGAAUACUUAAAGAUGAGAAGGAGAGCUGUAGCAUCAGUCUCUUAGCUAUAGGAGAGACUGAAUCCAUCACUCGACCAACCAUUGUUGUCACUUGCACAAGUACAAAGAAGGUCAAGGCCGCGCUGACCCGAAGACUAGCUUAUGAUGCAAAUGUCUUCGACCUGAAGGUGUUGAGGGGGAAGAUCAGACGGUCGAAGGCAAACAAGUCAGCAAAGAAGCGUCCAGUGCCUCACCGCUCGAUGGGGAAUGAAAGAUGGUGCUCAGAUGAUUCCGAGCCUGUGAACCGUUUUCAUCAAAAACGUCCGCUAUGCGGUGCUUCUAUCGGUGCUUACAGGAAUGGAGAGCACUUGCCUCCAGUAUCCUAUGGCGGCGUUAUUCUUGUGGACGAUAGUCCCUAUGGGAUGAGUGUGCACCAUCUGCUUGACGCACCAAGCGACGACGAAGACAGCGAGCACGAAGAUGAACCAAGCCAUCGCCAGGAUAUCACGGUGCCUGAGCUAGACCAAGAAGCUAUUCGGUCCAGUGGCCGUCCAAGUAAUCACCCUUGGCUAGCAGGCAUGGGCUCCCAACCCGCACUUGACUGCCCCGAAGCUCUAUAUCCGUUCGAAAUCUCAGACGACGAAGAUGAUGAAGGAUACGACGCUGAAGAGGUAAGUCCACCUGCACCUUUCAGGAGCCAGUCAACUUCUCGUUCCCGCUUCUCUGACUUUCCAAAGCAGGCUUCCGAACAUGACGAUCCCGCCUACGACUCAAUGGACGAUACGCUCUCCGCCUACGAACCCGACGAUGCUCUAUCAAUUGCAAGCACCGCAAGCUCCUUCGGCGAUAUAGACGGCGUCGACCCUGAGAAUGAUGAGGAAAUCAUCAUCACGCAGCCCGCCAUCGAUGAUGUCGACGAUGACUUUUUCCCCUGCCCCGAAGACCGCGACGAAGACCACCUCGACUCGCACAAGCUUGGUUACGUGCACGCCUCCUCCGGCAUCCGCCGCUGGACCCGUAACGGCAUUAAGCAUGAGAUCGACUGGGCGCUCUUCAAGCUCGACGAUGAGCGCUUGCAGCCGUAUAACCUAGUGCAGGGCGGCAAGCGCUACUGCCCGAAUGGGGGGCCGAAGUUAUGCCCGAAGCUGGAAGAGCCGAUCUGCAGGGGUGUUGCGUACUCGGCGGAUGAGGAUGAAUAUCCCAUUCAGCUUGCAAAAGCGGGGCAGCUAGGUGGGCUAAAGGUGCAUUGUCUGGGGAGAACUAGUGGACUGCAGGAAGGUGUAGUUAGCCGGACUAUGAGCUGGGUCAGGUUUUACGGGAGAAGGAGCUUCUCCUCGAGUUGGCAUGUUGUGGGUCGGUUCGGAGUCGGCGGCGAUUCGGGAGCCUGGGUCAUCGACAACGAACACGGCCGCGUGUGCGGCCAUGUCCUGGCGUGGUGCAACAAGAACGCCGUUGCGUACAUCUGCCCCAUGGAGGUCCUGAUGGAGGACAUUAAGCGUACCCUUGAGGCGCAAAAGGUCUCCCUUCCUGGAGCGGACGAGGAGGAAGCUGUACCACUGAGGUCUCCGCUGGAGGAGAUGCAGCUCAAUGCUCUGCAGCAGCUUAGGAUAAGCGACCCGAAGGCGGACAGACCAGCUCGUCUCUCCAUGGCCACUAGUUCUUCGGCAAGGCUGCCUGUAUUAGGCAGCAGGCCUCUGGCGCAGGCAGGCGGACUGUAG